AUGGACGCACGUCGUGGACAAGGUCGUGGUAGAUCGCCGACGCGAGGUAGAGGGCACCUUGUUCCUACUCUGAGGUACCGACGACAGUUACGUCAGGAACGCAGUCAUGAUGGUAGGACCGCUACGGCGCAGGCGUCACAUUCAGGUACGCCGGGGGCAGGGGAUAGUUCUGGCGCUGCAUUGCUUAAAGAUUUUAUGGCCCUACGUCCACUAGAGUUUAGUGGAGGCGCCGAAGCAACAAAGGUUGAGGACUGGCUAUUGGCAGUGGAGAAGCAUUUGCGAUUUAUAGGCUGUGUGGAGGCCCAGAGAAAGGUGUUCGAGUUUAUUGACUUGCAACAGGGGAGCAAGACAGUCACACAGUACAAGACCGAGUUCGUGGUGUUAUCUCGUUAUGCUCCAAAGUUAGUGACCCCUGAGUCUCGCAGAGUCAGCAAGUUUCAGAAGGGAUUGCGACCAGAGAUUCUCCACGCCAUGGCUAGUAUCAAGGCACCCGACUUUCCUACGGCUGUUCAGCUGGCCCACGCAGUGGAGCGGGACCGAUUGGAGGCUCGAUUAGAUCAGUUAGUCAUAAAGGGCGCAGGGAGCAACAAUAAGAAGAGAAAGUGGGAUGCGGGCAGUAAGAGUUCAGGGCUUCCACCGUGCCGACAAUGCGGGCAGAGACACCAGGGACAGUGCCGAGAUGUACGUCGGGACAUGUGUUAUCGCUGUGGUCAGCCGGGACAUUUGAAGAAGGACUGUCCACAGGGGCCUAGACCGGCUACACCGGCCUCACCAGCUACACCGGCCACAGGGUGGGAUAUCAUUUAUUUUCGCUAUGGACAGAGGGGCCAUCGAGCGAACGUGUGUACCCAUCCAGCACAGAUUGGAGGGCUACGGACUGGAGGAGUAGGGCCCAGACUAGCUCAGAGACAGUCUACACCUAGGGCGCAGGGUCUAGGAGCACCAUUACCUCUACUAGUAGUAUAG